AACAGAAGAUCCUGAACCGUGGGCAAAGGUUGGAGAAGUCUGUCUUCCCAAGGUAGGACCAGGCGUCGCUUGAUACGAUUUGCAAUUCUUUGAUGUUGGAAGUCGGUGGAGGCUCGGCGAUUGCUUGACGCCGCCCGGCCUCCGGUCUUCUUCGGAUGACGUUUUAGUCUGGAAAGUUAGAGGAAGGACGUUUUGCUGCAAUUUGGCCUUAUAACUGUCAUCUCCUGCUUGCAAGUGGACAAGGAGGGUCGGCAGCCUGGCAGAAGGGCGCCCCUUCCCCUCCAGCUGUGCAUGAUCAUAACAGAGAGAAAAGCCCCAUAGAUCUCAGUGGAGCUUCUGAACGGUCGGAUUGAACGACUUCAGUGUGGGGGGAGAGAUUGUUUAAGAUGCAGAGAUACAACUAGAGAGAGAAAAGGGAGGGUAAGUAACUUUUUUCAAGAAAUGCUUGGCUAGACCCGAUUCCAUACUCGUUUCCUGCCAUAAGAAAUGAAAUAGCGCGCUAUUUCCUUCGAUCUUCCCUCCCUGUGUUGUCUCCCUUGUGCCUCUUUCCUGCUGAAGCCUUCCGGAUAGGGACCUCUUCCCGCACCCAUUGUAAGGUGUGGUGGGGGGUGAAGGGUGCUCGAUGCAUCAGGAAUAAGUGGAGAAUCGGAGGGCGAGAUUACGAUGUUGGGUGAGAAAUCAGGAUCAAGUCUGAGCUCUUUUACGCAUGUCAGCACAGCAGCGAAUCCCAUUGAAUUCAAUGGCGCUUGCUCCUUGCCCUGGCCUGGACCAACUUGCCCCGCCUCACCCUUGAACUCCCCCGUCCUCCCGCCAGCAAGAGCAGGGGUAGGGGCGCCGCGUUGCAGAAGGUAGGUAUAGAGGAUGGCGUCCCCCGCUUGGCUUCUGCGCUAAGCGGUGCAGGGCGGAGGGUGGCGCGCUCUAUGCUGCUUUCCCGUGACCGGGCAGCGGGGAGAGCGGCAGAAGCCGAGUUUGGGGGGGUGGGUCUGAAAGUUGGGGGGUGCUAAUGCUGGCGAGAAGAGGCCGCACGGAGAAGCGAGGGCGGUGCUGGGCAGGGGACGCGGGGAGCCGGCUAGGCUCAAGCGGGCUGCUCUUCCCCGUUUUCCCCGCGGCCUUCGCGUUCCCUUCCUCUUUGCUGGAUGAUCCCGACGGGCCUCGGCGGCAGGGCCCUCCGCCGACAAGGAAGGCGGCGGCGGCGGCGCGAUUCGGCUCGGCUGAAGCAGGAGUCCCGCCAUGGCGGAGACGGAGAGCGGCGGCGGCGGCUCGGUGCACGCGACUCGCUUCGAGGCGGCCGUGAAGGUGAUCCAGAGCCUGCCCAAAAAUGGUUCUUUCCAGCCAACAAAUGAAAUGAUGUUGAAGUUCUAUAGCUUUUAUAAGCAAGCAACUCAAGGACCUUGUAAUAGUUCAAGACCUGGAUUUUGGGAUCCCAUUGGUAGAUAUAAAUGGGAUGCGUGGAGUGCUUUAGGCAAUAUGCCCAAAGAAGAUGCUAUGAUUGCAUAUGUUGAAGAAAUGAAAAAGAUUCUUGAAACGAUGCCAAUGACAGACAAGGUUGAGGAACUGCUACAUGUUUUAGGCCCAUUUUACGAAAUUGUAGAGGAUAAAAGAAAUAGAGGAUCUGACCUAAUCGCAGAUCCUUGCAAUGCUGUAACUUCUGUGCCCGCUGUGAAUGGAAAAUCAGAAAACAAUGACAGUGGAGCAGAAUCAGAGGAAGAACCACAUCAGGAAGAGAUAACAGACGUCCCACAGAUUGAUAAAGGGGUUUCAGAAGCUGAAGAUGUGAAACAAAAUUCAUCUCCUGAUAAGGAUUUAGACAGCAUUGUUAUUAAUGGCUGUUGUAAUGAUGUUUCUAAUGUUGACGCAAGCAAUGGCACACAGACUAAAUCUGCUCUGAAUGGCAUCAAUGUGGAUGAAGAAAUAAAGGCAAGAGACAAGUCCCUUGAGUUACCAGUCAUAUCUAACUCGGAUUCUUCUCAUCAAGGUCUAAAUGAAGACGCUACUGAAGUCUCUGGAAUACAACUCUUGACAAGUGAUUCAGAUAGUGAAAUAUACUGUGAUUCAAUGGAGCAAUUUGGACAAGAAGAGAUCCUGGAAAUCAGUUCACCAACCAAAGAAUUUUCCAGACUUCCAUUUGUUUUCUCAGAAGUAGAUCAUAAUAAUCUCUUAGAAACUUCUGGUUUUCUUGAACUUGGAAACCACAAAGCGGAAGGUAUAAAGGAAGCUGCAACUGAAGGAAAGGGUGAAGUCAAGUGCGGCGGUGAAGAUGGCAAGGCAAAUGAUGGAGGCCCUCAAAAAGAGAAGAAAAGUGGUGAAAAGGUUGACUUCUAUGGAAUUCGAAGGGGAAGAGGACAUAGGAUGUAUCCUUUAGGAGAUGGUGCCCAAGGUGGACAGAUGGGCAGUGGAGGAGAUGGAGAACGAUGGGGUUCAGACAGAGGACCACGGAGCUCUCUCAAUGAACAAAUUGCAGUCGUACUCAUACGAUUGCAAGAAGAUAUGCAGAACAUUCUUCAGAGAUUACAUGCACUUGAGACACUCACAACUUCACAGGCAACCCUACAUUCAGAUAAUCAGCCUGACUUACCUGUUAAGAAACCAUCAUGGUGGCCCUUUGAGAUUUCUCCUGGUACUUUAGCCUUUGCUAUUUUAUGGCCCUUUGUUACCCAGUGGCUGGUGCAUAUAUAUCUUCAGAGAAGAAGAAGAAAACAGAACUGAGGCUUCCAUUUCUGAUUUUACUUAAAAACUGCUAGUAUGGGGAGAUUUUGAAAGAUGACAUAAUUAAUGCAAGAACUACAAGCUCUGGAAUGACUAAAACGUCCUCAUUUUUUCUUUUACAUUUUUCUUUUUCUUUUUGCACUACCUGAGAUACUAUACUUGAAUUUCUCCUAUAUUUCCAAUAGAACAAAUACAACUGUCCCACUGAGCAAUCAAAUGAACUACAAAUUAAUUAUUUUGACAUGUACCUUCCUGAUGAACAGUUUGUAUAAUAUCUUAGUUCUCAGUUCCUGCUGAGAAAAAAUUGUUCAGUCUUUAGAAGAGAGACAAAGUUCCUUGAAAGCACGUACCCCACCCCACCCCAAACCCAUAGCAUUGUAACUUUAAUAUGAUUUGUUUUAUAAUGUCAGCCAGGCUUUUGGAUAGUGUAGAAAAUACACAAUAGAUUGAGGAAACUGUACAUCCCCAAAGGCCAAAGUAGGAGGUUAUGGUUGCACUUAAUAGUAAUGAGAAGUUUAACUUCUAACUGCUGCUAUAUGUGAUAGCUUUUUAAUAAAUAAAAUUAAACAUUUGAGGCUGUGGAUUCUGCUUGCACAGAUGCCACCAAAAUUAUAUUUUUUAAAAACCACAAAACUAUGCAUAGCCAUACAUCUCAGUGUUAGAAUAAACUGAGCCUCAAAUGGCAUGAUAGAUUCAAAAUAGUUUGUUGCAGAGAAUGCUUAAUAAUGACAACUGCCCUGAAGAUAAUAAAAUCAGUGGGACUUCAGGGCAUAUGAAAUCUCUUUUUUUGUUGUUGUUGAUUUUAAUACAACUUACAAACAUCUGUAUUGAAUAAAGAGGCAGUGUGUACUUAAGUUUUACAAAAGUACUGUCUUUAUUCAAAAAAUCUAAUUAAGGAACACAUAAUAGUUAAUAGAAGGUCCUGCAUACUAAAAACUUGCUCUGUGCAGCUGUUCAAUACUUGUGUAGAAAUAGGCUUUGCAAAUGGAUGGUGGUUUUGCCAGUGGAAAAGGGUGUUACAGCGGAAUCUUAUCUGCCCAUAUCUAAAGCUAGGCAAGGACAUCCCUGCUAAUUACUCCCACCCAUUAAUUAGGAAUGGGCAACUUCUUGUAGCCAACAUUGGAGGAAGGGCAUAUCAAAAUGGAUGAGGCCACAACACUUGUGGGCAGACUGGCUUUUAUUUUUUUAAAUUGUCAUAUGCCUCGUUAAGAGCUUAUACGAUGUUUUCAACUAUUUUCAACCUCAAAAUGGAAGGAAGCUUUCAGCCAUUGUGGUCCGAGUGGGCACUUCCCACCCCUGCUAUGUACAAUGCCUACAAUGAGGAUAUAAGCAAACCAUGACAUGCCCUGGGUGCUCUAAAUUUGUAGCCAGGCGCCAUUAUCUUAUUCAGAAACUAGGUGUUUUUUUCUCAUGACUGAAUGCUCAUCAGGAUCAAAACAUCUCCUGCAGCUAGAGCUCUUUGGCCAGAUAGUUCUUUUGGAUUUUUAAAACAGUAGACCAUUCAACUACACUAGUACAGUACAGAUGCAGAUUUAGCAAGUCCGAGUGCCAGCUUCUGGGGAACAGCCUCAAGCCAUAGCUCUUCCUGCCAGGGCAUCUGCAGGGUAUGGUCAGAAAAGUCAAGAUGGCAACCACAUUGGUGCAACUGAAGUUCUGCUCACUUUUUAUAUAAAACUAGGCAGAAUUUGGGUUGCACCACUGGCCAUUCUUUUGACCGUAUCCUGCACAUACCCCUGCCUUCCUGCAACAGUUGAUGACAACUUCAACCAGUCUGCAUAAAUGUGAAUAUUCUAUGAAGCCACAGCUGGCAGAGUUUUCUGUAAUGUUUGCAUUUUGUUGAACCAAGAACAUCACUUUUUGCUAUAACAGUUAAGCAAAAUGUCAUUUUCCCUUAUUAUAAUGCUUGCCUUCAUUGUUCGGUUUUGUUUUUUUCCUAAUCGCUUUAGGGAUAUCAUUUUAGCACUUUCAUUUUACAUUUCUGCCUAUUGAUCAGAUCUACAUUUGGAUAUAACAGCUGGUAGUACCUUUCUAAAUACAAUUAGAAAGUUAGCUUUUCCAUGGAAGAGGGAAAACAAACAAUGAAGGUGAACAUUUUUUCUGGUUGAUGUUACAAAAUUCAGCUGUUUUAAAAUGCAGCUUAAAGUGAUUGCCUCUUGGUUGUUACGGUGAAAAGAAAAUGAACUGAAACUGACAUAUUUCCAGAUAUGACAUUUUACACUGUAAUUGAUCAGACUGAUGGGAGAACAUUAUUCUGCUCUGAUGUAAGGUCUCAAAGUUUGAAAAUCAACUUUAUACUUGUUAUGUAUAAAUAUUGUAAUUGCAGAAGUCAAACACUUCUGCCUUGUUAUAUAAAACAUGAUUUUAAAGUUAAUUUUAAGCUAAAUCAUUUUAAUCUAUUGUAAAAUAACAUUUCAAAUAAAGGACGAUAGAAGUAUAUUGUCUGAGGAUAUGUUA